CUUAGCUAAAAAUAUAUGCAUUACUUGUGUCAAUACUAAUGACACAACCCAGAAAUGGCAACAGGCGUGAGCUGCCAUGAAGCACCUUCCUCCUCCCCCGAGUCCCGCAGGAGAAUUGCGCUGCCACUUCCUCGGAUUCCACUUUAUCUCCCAGCGGCUUCCGCCGGCCGCGAGUUUAGGGGGAAAUACAAUCCGCCGGCCGCUAGAGGGCGUCGAUCGGCGACUGUUGGGGGCGGACGGCAGGAGCGCGAGCACCGGCACACAGAAUCCCUCUUCCUCUUCCCUGUGUCUCACAGCGUCGCGCUCCCAAUAAAGCUUGACUGUUGAAGUUGAAAGCGAGCAAGGGGAGACUGGGGUGCGGUGGUUCUGCGCCUGCGCACUGCAGCCGGCAGGUGGCGGGUGUUGUUGUUCGGCGGUAGAGGCGGCAAGAUGGCGGCGCCCGGGGGCUCCGCUGCCGCCUCAGCGUUGAAGGGGUUAAUCCAGCAAUUCACCGCCAUCACGGGUGAGGCGCGCGAAAACCCGGAAUAAGCUUAAGCGAGGGCUGGAGCCGUUUCUGCUAUGGGGCGGGAUGUAAGGCUGGGGGAAGAGGGGCUUUGCAUGGGGUCGGGGGAGGAGAGGAGAGGAGGGCGACGUCUGUGACGGAGUUGGCGGCAGGCAGAGAGGAGAGAGAGACCCAGAGGGAGCCGGCGGGGGGAGCGGGGAGGGGGUGGCGGUUCUCCUGUGGAAAAGGGGAUUGUGUGGAGGGAGUCGAAAUAGGGGCCCGGGGCUGUGCUUUGCCACGGGUAAGGGCAAGUACGAUGUGCAGCGGGGAGUUGAGGGGGAAUUCCUUUGUGGAGGAAGGUAGGGGGGGCAUAAGAUGGGGUCGAGUAUGCAUUUCCCAGAGAGCGAAAAGGAGAGCGCUCAAGCGGGCCGCAGUGUCACAUCCUCCAGGAGUUGGGAGUUGAGGCUUGAUCGUUGCCUUUGGGGGGUGGAGGGAAGAACGAGACCUGACGCUUAGAAAUGCCCGUCCCGUUUCAUUUCCUGAGAUAAAAGCUCCUCUCCCGACCUCCCUUCUUUUUUGGCUUUCUGUGCUGCUGGGUUGAGACAUUAUUGACACAAGUAAUGCAGUAGAGCAAAAAUCCAUUUUUAAUAGGCUGAUAAUGAGAUAAGGAAGGGAUCGCUCUUGGUAUACGUACCCUCUACAGUUGUGAGAGGAAGAAUAACCCGCAGAAGUAUUCAUUCUUAUCAGAUACUUACGAAACAGAAUUUCUACAGGACGACUUUAUAUCUGGGUAUUUGAGAAAAUUUGUAACUGCAUGAAUUAGGCAAGGCACAUAAUAAAGACAACAAAAUACAGUUCUACAAAUGUGACAUGGACCCUAGCAAUGGAUGUUUCAGGGCAUGGGGAGAGGCAGCUGGUGGUAAUACAUUAAUUGUUUCUAAGGUUAGUGAUGGUCUUGUGGCAAGGCAUUUCAUAGAUUAAUCGUGAACUGUUUAAAUAAGUCCGUCUUCUAACCUGAACUUACUGCCUGUCAGUUUGUUGAAUACUAAUCUUGAAAGAGUAGAACGUCUGGUAAUACUGUUUAUAUAUUGUUCAUAAUUUUACAAAUUUCUCAUAGGCCACUACUUAGCAGUCUUCUCCAACCUUCUUCCAGCCUUUUCCUGAGAUGAAGUUAUCCCCCUCUGUUUUCUAGGACUCACUGACAAAUUAAGGCUGCAAUUCUAUAUGCACUUAUUUCUGAGUAGAUAUACAUAAAAUUGCCCUGUAAACUUUGUUAGAUUACAUGAACAAUUUAAACUGGUGCUGCAAGAGGCAGAUCUUUGUUUUUUGUUUUCAUUAUCUGUUGCACCAAGUUAAAUCACCUUGCUUUAAUUGGUCUGUGCUACUGAAUCCUUAACGUCAAAGUAACUUUACCCUAGGGAAGCUAAUGUACCUUUGAAAUGUGGUGUUAGAACUCCUAAGUGACCAUAAUAGUAUUGAGUAUUCCCUUUAUCCUAGCAAGCUAUUGUUUGUUAGGAAGGUUUUUUUCACUGGCUAGAGUCUACUGAUGUAAUUGGAACUUUCUGUUUGCCUCCUUUGUGGGGGCGGGGAACUAAUAUCUCUAAAAGUCUGUUGAAUAACAAAGAUACAAUUGACUGUACUUUUUCUAACUUCUUUUAUUGUAAGUUCAGAUUUACUGUGGGGCAAAAAAAUACAAUAUUACUACAUUGUAUAGUUGUAAAUCAUUCUGGUGUUAUUACUUGCUGCUGUGUUAAUUCUGUAGUGAAUACAAUAGGCCUACAUCAAGUAUUGUGGCUGAGAAUAAUUAUUUUACUAAAUUCCACAUCUUAAAACAUAUUUAGAAUGUAGAAUUAGGGAAAGAGAGGAAAACAGAAUCAUACUGCCUUUUUAGUGAAAGGAAAAGGUCAAGUUCACUAUUUAACUUCCUUUCAAUGUCAGGAAGUGCAUAUCAUCUAUUAAAAGGAGACAAAUGUAUCUUAGUAUAUACCAAGAAAAUAUUUAUCUCCUGUUAUCAGCCUGUCAGGAAAAAUGUCCCUUGGGAAGAGUUCUUAAUUGGGAUGCAUAAUCCUGUUCAUCAACUUUCUCAUGUCCAUUGGGAUAAUAAAAGUACACAAAAAUAGUUUUAUUUGUUCAAGGGUCAAUGAUGAAUUCUUAAUUAGAUGAAUUUAGCCAUAUUUAAAUGAAUGCUCACCAUACAUGAUCCAAAGCACAGAGAUGUAAAAUGGAAGACUGUUUAAAUACAAAUACAAAUUGUUUUAUAUCUAUUUUCAACUGAUGUAUGAGCUGAAAAUAAGUUUUGCAGCUGCAACCUCGAUAUGUAUGUUAAUGCUAUGCUGAAGUUCUAGAUAGUACAAACUAGAGAGUGUGGCAGGAAUCUUAAGCUCUUUUACUUUGAAGCAUAUCCUCUUAAAUCAAGAGAACUUAUUUUUUGGGAAGGCAUACUAGGAUUGGUUUAACUGUUUAUAGCUCAUGGAAAGAGGAGAGAUGGUGCACUGAGCUGAAUGAUCCCCUAUACUUGUGGGGUAUUUUAAUAUAGCUAGGAGUCCUUCUCGCCCCAGCAAAAAGGCACCUUAUCUAUGGGAGGUGCCAUAUUCACUUAUUCCUUUAAUUUCUGCCUGGACUACAUGGGAGUGAAGCAGAACUGACCACCCCAGUUACUUCUGAUUGUUCUGCCUUGUUUAAUGAUGAUCUACCCCGCUGGAUCAUCACCUUGUCGUGAUGAGUGGGCUUGCACAUUCCUAUGACCCUUGUGAGUGAAGCUGUCGGGAGUCUUGUACUCCCAGCAGGGUCACCCAAGGCGGUAAGGUCAAAAGGGAGGAACUAGACAAAGAAUGAUCCUAGAAGUCCUCAACGACAGAACAGGCAGAAGAUAACAAGCAGUAUGUUACAACGGCUGUGAAGGCGGAUGAAGGCUGCAGCAGAUAAAAAUCUACCGGUCAUCUACCUACUCAUGCCAUCAGAAUAGAGUAUUACUGCGAAGACACUGCGUUGGUCAGCGUGCACUGAUCUACACACAUAAAACAAAUUGUGCACAGGCAUCAUCCAAAAACCGAUCCCAAACCCAAAAAAGUCCCAUGGCGAUUGGCAAAUGGUAACGGGGGCAGGGCCAUGAAAUCUGGAAGCCCCUAGUCAUGAACCGGUAGAUGGGCAGUAGAUACAGAUUCAUUCGUUCUGACUCAAGGAAUGAGGCAGUUGAGAAGCUCGGUAGCUGUAUCCACAACAUAGCAGUCCUAUUUAGGAUCCACUCUGCUCACCCCAAAAAUGGGGAGGGCUAGAAAAGGUGCCGUAAACAUUGUCUGCCUCCCCAGUGGUCAUAAAAGAUAAUUGAAUUUUGGAACAUGGAGUAUACAGACUAUGUUAGACAACACAGGUAAUGAGCAUCCCAAACGCAGGACUGCCACCAUUGCAAGAGAAUACUUUGAUAUUGCAGCGCUUCAAGAAACUUGAAGAUCGGAUGCCGAUGAAGACAUUAAAGAAAACUUUCAUUCUCAGCUGGAUGCCAUCCUAUCAGAGACAUCUAAGGAGGAUAAAAUUAUCCUCCUGGGUGAUUUUAAUACAAGAGUGGGGUGAGAUUUCGAUCUGUGGCCUGGGACUAUUGGGAAGAAGGAAUUGGCAACAGCAACCAGAAUGGAAUCUUAUUUUUGACUAUAUGUGCAGCGCACAACCUUGUUAUUACCAACACACUCUUGCAACAAAAUUAAUAAAUUUAAAACGUCAUGGAGGCAUCCUUGGUCGAACCACUGGCACCUCUUAGACUAUGUAAUCGUCUAAAGAUCGCCACGAUGUGCUCCUUACCAGAGCUAUGACGGGUGCCGACGACUGCUGGACAGAUCACCGAUUAAUACAUUCCAUGAUGGCUAUCAAGAUUGAACACAUUAUUGACAAAAAGAAAGGCCUUUCAGAUCUGGCAAAGAGAUAGAAACUGCACCACUAAGAAAAAACCCUAUGCCAACGCUAAGCCUGAGAUUCAAAGAAGAACCAGAGAACUAAAGAACACCUGGUAGAUAAAAAAAGUUCAAGAGAUCCAGCACUUAGCCGACAUUCAUGAUGCACAGAGCUUCUUUAAAGCCACAAAGAUAAUCUGUGAGCCAAUAAAUCAUGGCAUAUUCCCCCUAUGCUCAACAGACGGUACCGCACUUCUAAAAGAUAAAGAAGCUAUUGCAUUGCGCUGGAAACAACGUUACCAGCAUCUCCUUAACAGCAACUUCCCCAUAGCUGCUGAGGCCCUCUCACAAAUUCUGCAAAAACAAAUUAGAGAUGAGCUUUCAGUAUCUCCAAAUCUGGGAGAGUUGUGUACAGCUAUUAACCAAUUGAAAAACAACAAAGCCAGCAGACCUGAUGGGAUACCUGCUGAAGUCUUCAAAGUGGGUGGAAUUGAACUUACACAACAAUUUCACAAGCUCAUCGAAAAAAUCUGGGGGAGAGAGGAGAUCCCAGUAGACUUUAGGGAUUCCAAAAUUAUCAACCUUUUUUAAAAAGGUGAUAAAACGGAUUGCAGAAACUAUCAAGGCAUGUCUUUGUUAGCUGGGCCGGCAAAAUUGUUGCAAGGAUCUUAGCAAACCAACUCCUAAUUAUAUCCAAGGCUACCCUUCCUGAAUCCCAAAAUGGUUUUCAACUUUCAGUGGACAUGAUUUUCACUGCUCAAAAGCUUCAAGAAAAAUGCAGGAAGCAAAACCAACCCCUGUAUAUGAUGUUUAUUGACUAAGGUCUUCGACACCGUAAAUUGUAAUGCCCUGUGAACUAUCUUACUGAAAAUUGGCUGCUCAUAUAAAUUUGUGAACAGCGUAUGCUGUUUUUUGUUGUAAGCUACCCUGUGAUCUUCGGAUGAAGGGUGGUAUAUAAUUUUAAUAAGUAUUAAUAAUAAUAUGACUAACCAUGAUACAAAAGAGGGAACGGGAAUCUAUUUCUGUCUCAUUAAUUUGUGUAGGCUGCUGUUUUAGUUGGGGUAUUUCAAAGAGCAUAACAUGCAAAGCAAAUGUAUUAUGAAAUGUCAUUUUAUUUAAGAAACAAAAAAGCUUACCUUUCUGAUCUCAUGUAUUGUCCAAUUUCUUUUUAAGAUCUGAGCACUAAUGUUGUCUUUCCUUGUAUCACAGGUGCCACUGAAAGUGCAGGCAAACAUAUGCUUGAAGCAUGCAACAAUAAUCUGGAAAUGGCUGUCACUAUGUUCCUUGAUGGUGGAGGGAUAGCAGAGGAGCCCAGCACUAGUUCUGCAAGUGUAUCAAACCUUCGACCACAUGCAGAGUAUGUAACUUUGUGAAUAUCCAUAGGAUGUAUAAUUUGUUUUAAAAUACGGGAAUGGCAGAUAUCAACAUGUUUUUCUGUAGAUGUUCUUAGUUUCAGUUACCAAACUCCUUGCAUCUUACUAUUGUUCUAGAAGCCUAACAGUUUAGUUCAGGUUGCAAUUUGCACAUGUCAGAAGUGGGAAGGCAGAUGUGCAGGCAGGAUACAGUUCAUACAGUGCUAUAUUUAGCACUAACUUUAAUCAGUUCUCUCCCCCCUCCACUUGUAGACAGGCUACAUCUGUUUACAGUAUUAUUCUUAUAUUUUAAAGUUGUUUCAGUUGAACAUACUGUUUGUUGCCUAAAUAAUCUGUUUUAUAAGGGGGCUCGUAAUACAUUUAUUUAUAUGUAACACUUGAAGUUUAUGUUUUUAGGACCCAGCUUAUGUUUAUGAUUGCAAGUUGUUUUACAUUGUUUUAAAUAUUGUGUUUUAAUUCUGUAAUCUGCCCUAGGACCUUAGGAGGAAGGGCAGGAAAUGAAUGAAUGAAUGAAUGUUGUAUCCAACUAAGAGUAGACUCAUUGGAAUUAAUGGACCUAACUUAGUCACAUCUAUUAUUUUCAUAAGUCUACUCUAAACUUAGGGACGCGGGUGGCGCUGUGGUCUAAACCAUAGAGCCUAAAGCUUGCCGAUCAGAAGGUUGGCGGUUCGAAUCCCCAUGAGAGGGUGAGCUCCCAUUGUUUGAUCCCUGCUCCUGCCAACCUAGCAGUUCGAAAGCACGUCAAAGUGCAAGUAGAUAAAUAGGUACCACUCCAGCGGGGAAGGUAAACGGCGUUUCCGUGCACUGCUCUGGUUUGUCAGAAGCGGCUUAGUCAUGCUGGCCACAUGACAUGGAAGCUGUCUGCGGACAAACACUGGCUCCCUCGGCCAGUAAAGCAAGAUGAGCGCCGCAACCCCAGAGUCAUCCGCAGCUGGACUUAAUGGUCAGGGGUCCCUUUACCUUUACCUUUUACUCUAAUGUUAGAUGCAGUCCUAAAUAAAUAAAUAAAUUGAAGUUCAAUUUUGGCAUUAUAUGGCAAGAAGGGAAAAGUUUAUUUUAUUUUUAAAAUAAAUCUUUCAUGUGGACAGUGGCAAAUAACACAAAUUAGAAAAAAUAUUUCAUGUAUUAUUCAUACUCCCAAACAAAAAAGUGGGUUUAGAAAUAGGGACUGGGUUCAGCAAGACCUUUGCAAUUACAGGUGUCCCCCAACCUAUGCAUGCUAACACAUGAACGCAUGUGUGUGUGGCGCUGGGACAUAAAUAGAUUCAAACCAGGAAAUGGUGGGAGAUUGCUGGAGAGUCCUCAUGGCUUGCAAGGAGAUCCUCCUCAGAACCCAAAGAGGACUUCAGUGAGGGUGGAGGAAGUCCCAAAGAGACUGGAGGCGUAGUGAGGCUUUGCUUAGGUUGCUCAUCCCCCCCCCCCACUUAACAGCUGACACGUGGUAACACAGCAGCUUCUGUCCUACACAUUCUCCAGCCAGCCACAGAGCUUCAACUCCAGUUGAAGAGAGAGUUGUGUGGGAAGAGAGCAGGAGAACGGGGAAACAGUUUUUAGAGGGUGCUCCCCACUUAGGCGUAUUUUGCUUAUGCACAUGGGGCUCCAGACCCUUUGCCCAUGUCAGGAACACCUGUACAUGCACCUAUGCUUUCCCUAUAUAUGUGAUUAUAUGUGCAACUUCCUUAUAUUCCUCAUAUUAUUACCCUCCUCCCUCACUACCUUUUUGUACAACUCUGAGCAUCUCGAGCUGUCAUCCCCAUUUAACAAGAUAUGUUAGCAACUCCUUAGAUAUGGGAGCUAAAGAUUCCCAUAUCUAUAGGUUAAACAGAAGAGGUGGCUCUCACAGAAAUGUGUUAACUCUCAAUCCCUUUUCAUAUAUACUAAAGAGCAUCUUUACUUUGAUACCUACCAGGAAUAUCUCCAUUCCAAUAAUACACUUUCAAACCUUGUACAACAUAGUUAGCAGCUAUGCUGUUCUGCCUCUACUGCGUUGUAGACCCCAAGUAUUGGUUUAACUAAAUGAAUAUAGUCCUAUUUUGGGCAUGUAGUCUAGCUCUUGCUGUCAUAUUCAAAAAAUCUAUGUUUCUAAUCCUUACAGAGAUGAAGUAAGAGCACCUAUUCCUCAAAAACAGGAAAUUCUGGUAGAACCUGAGCCUUUAUUUGGUGGUAAGUGAGCUUCAUUUUAAUGUUUACCCUUCCAAAUGUUGUAGUAAGGAAGGAAUAACUCUGCCAAACUGCCUUUUGUCUAGGUUGCUCAUAUCUAUUGCUCUCUCUAUAGUUAUAGCAUGUGCUCUUGCAGUACUGAAGUAUUUAUACAAAAGUCAUAUUCCCACUACUGUCAACUAAGCAUACAUAAUUGGUACUCCUGGGAAUGAUAUUUCAAAUACUCAUUGCUGCUGCUAUUAUCGUUUUCUAGAUAGGAAACGGUGCCAAAAUGUCAAUGCUAGCUGCUAAGUAAAUUUCUAGUAAAUUUUUUGCAAUAAAAUAAUAUAGUAAAAUAUCCAUAAUAAAAUACUCUGUCUGAAGGGCUGCAAAUAAAUAGUAAUUUAUGGUGUUAACAUGUGUUCAUAAGAAAUUGCAGCUAUGGAAUGUGUACUGUUGAGUAUUUUGCAGCUGAGAGUUUUUAGAAACCGAAAUCCAAGAUUUCCAUGAUAGCUUCCACUAAAUAUAGUUUCCAAAAUUAUGUACUGAUAGAUUUCCAUUAUAUUAAUAAGUUAAUGGGGAACCAAUUAGCUGUAUUCUUAAAAUCUAGUGGAAUAGUUAACAGUAAAUGCUGCCUGCCUCUUUAAGGAAAGGCUGCUACUUUGGGAUAUAAUGAGAAAUGCAUUUUCUAGAGGCCAGUUAGGUUUGAUGACUGGAAGCCAUGUGAUAAUUAUAAGUUAUACACUGAAAAGUAUCUUUGCAGUAAUAAGUCAACGUAAGAUCUGGUGAGAAGCCCUUGAAGUUACAUGAAGUUGCUUACUCAACUGUAGGAAAUCAGCAGACUUGGGGGCGGUAACUAACAUUUGACAUAAGAUUCAUCACAUAAGAUAUUACAUAAGAUGCACCUCAGCUUUACAGGUGAAGUGCCAUAAAUAAAAUUGCUGCAGUCAUGUACUGAAUAUAUGUUAGAACAGUUGCCAUGUUAGCCUGCUGCAAAUAACAGCAAAUGGGUUCUACUACGCAAAAGCCUAAGUCAUAAUAAAUGUGUAUUUAAGGUGUCUUUGCUAUAAAGCAUCUAAAGUAGCAGAAUGAAGUACAACAGUUAGAACAUAGACAUUCACUGCAUGCUUACAAUCUGGUUAAAGUAUGCUGUUCACUUGAAUGGGAUAGCCAAUAUUGUUAAAAAUAAAUUUAUUUUUAAAAAAAUAAAUUUAUGAAACAAGAUAGGUCAAGGGUCACCCACAUGGUGCACCACGGGCACACGUGCCAGCAGAAACCUUCCCAUGCAUUUACAGCAUUUCCUCACUCCACUGAAAUUAGAUUUUUAAAAAGCAUUAUAUUAUAGGCAGUGUUACAGGUCCAUGACGUGUAGUGUGUGUGUGUGUUUGGUGCCAUUACUCCAGUUUGGAAAUGUGUCCACAGGCCCCCCAAAAUUGGCCACACAUUGCUUUGCAGAUUGAAUUGUUAUUAGAACUAAUCUCACUAUCCCUAAAGUUGUCGUCUUCCAUUUUUGACACAAUUUUUGGGUGCAAAAAAAGUGCGGCAAAAUGCUUUCAUUGGCUUACCAGCUAUGCUAUGCAUUAUAAUCUACUACAAAAGGUGUCAUGUUUUGAGCAUAGCCUAAUUCCUGAUUCAGUCCACUUUGAGAAAUUGCCUUAUCAAAUAGCAUGUGCUUAAACAAAUAGGACAAAAUCAUGCUUUUACCUAUUUCUGGGAAUUGUUCCUCCAUUAAGUAUAGUGAGAUCAGGUCAAGCAGCAUAUGUUGCAUCUUGCCAUUAUCAGAAGUGCAGUUGGGGGUUACAUGGGUAGCACCCAGUUAGUGUUAGCCCCCAGAUAGUGUUCCACAAUCUACCUACAGCAGGGGAAGAGGACACUAAGGCCCAGAGGCUGAGAGCUGCUCUCCAUGGUUCUCUAGCUGACCCUUGGAAUUCUCCCUAGGCUACAACCCUUCCACAAGCCAUAGCCUUCACUUGACCUGCUCCAUAUCAACCUCGAGUGCUUUUGCUUGGCCUUAAUAUGUCUUUGAAGUAGAUAUUGUCUCUUCCUUGUUUGGAUGAAGAGGAAUAUUUGUAGAAACCUCUGACUUUAGUCUACUGUACAUAUUAAAAGUCCUGUCUGUUGCUCCAUUCAGUUUACCUUUGCCUCCAAUACAGUUGUACCUCGGGUUACAUACGCUUCAGGUUACAUACACUUCAGGUUACAGACUCCGCUAACCCAGAAAUAGUGCUUCAGGUUAAGAACUUUGCUUCAGGAUAAGAACAGAAAUCGUGCUCCGGCAGCGCAGCAGCAGCAGGAGGCCCCAUUAGCUAAAGUGGUGCUUCAGGUUAAGUACAGUUUCAUGUUAAGUACGGACCUCCGGUACGAAUUAAGUACUUAACCCGAGGUACCACUGUACUGGUAUGCAGCCCCUGAAAGGUUGCCAACGUAAGAAUGCAACUCUUGGAUAGAAAAGGGUUCCCCAUCCCUGUCCUAGAGCUUCGUGUUGGCGUUUUCACCAAGCUGGGGAAACUUUAUUUUGCUGUACCACUGGCCUUGGAUGAGGUUUUUUUUUACUGCCUGGGUCUUUGCUGCUGGUUUCUAUUGCUAUGUUGCAUUUUGCUGAUAUCUCUCGCUGUUCCAGGUGUUAUUAUUUCUAUGAUACUUUGUUGCAUAAUUUUGUAUUUUAGUUUUUUUUAAUGUGUUUCAAAGGCCUUCAGGCAGAAAAGCAGCCUAUAAAUUUAAAAUAAUUUAACAUCUACAAGUACCCUGAUAACCAGGAACAUGGACAUCAUGUCCUGAUGGGCACAUGUGUGUAACAAAUUAACAUAAUGCAUUAUUGGUAUUCUCAAAUCACCUGGUCACCAUGAGUUCAAAUCUGUCUCGAAGCUUCAGCCUUUUCUACCACAAAUCAGUUCCAUUGAGAGGUUUCUUAUGACUAAUAUGAGUUUUAAAUUCUGUUCUUGAUAAGCUCCAAAAAGACGCAGACCUGCUCGUUCAAUAUUUGAUGGUUUUCGGGAUUUCCAGACAGAAACAAGUAGGUAUCUGUGAAUCAUUGUCUUCACGUGCCAUUUUCUUUGUUUAUUGGCUUUAUAGAGGUUAACAAUGUGGAUCCCUUAGACCUUGUACUAUGGGCCACAUUGUGUACCCCACCCAGGAGCUGCAUACUGAUAUACACAAAAACAACAACCUGAAAUCCCACUAAGGGCUGUUCAUGUAGCCAUAUAUGUAUAACAUAGCCACAUAUGCAUUACAAACAUGAGGUCUGUAAUUUUUAGGUAAAAAGGCAUCAGGGCAUCAGGGCAGGAAGGUCAAAAACAGUCUAUGGAAGCCAGCCAAGUUGUUCACUUUUUGGCUGCAGUUGUUAGAUAUGGUGUAGUUAGAUUGAGAUUUUUAUUUCUUUAUUGAUUUAAAAUACAGACAUAAAAGAUCAUUUACAGCAGAAACAAAGAAGAAAAAGGAAAGGAAAAAGAGUCAAGAUAAAGAGAGAAAAGAAAAAACUAUACAAAAAGAAACUGCAUCUUCUCAAAUAACAAUCAAAUAAAUUUUUUGGAUGUAAAGUUAAAUUGAGAUUUGAGACCAAAUUAAUGGCAGCAGCAUGGUUUCUUUUGCAGCAUGGUUUAUUAAAUCCAGAGUCUACAUUUCAUUUUGCCAGUGGCAACAACGUCCCCACUCCCAAAAUUACCUGUCCCCUAAGCUGUCCUAAGAAUUGCCAUGGAGGUCUCUGUAUCUUUUUUGGGUGGGCUCUUGCUGCUUCAUGUUGCUUAUGCAAAAACCCUAUACAAAGUGAAAUAAGACCCAGCUCUCGUAUAUUUUUCUACUAGAAAUAAAUAAAACCAUUCCUGUUUUAAAAAUAUUUUGUCAUAUCAAAGCUUGUGUUAAUGGUUGUGGUGUGUUUGCAUAAAUAAAAGAAAGGGGAAAUUGCUGGCCAAAAGUUUAAUUCCAAACUUUUGGAGAAAAUAAAAUAAUGUUGGCCUUCUUUGGAGGCUGUGUGUUUAAUACACAAGCCAGGACUGAAAUUGGUGCCAAGUGUGCUGAAUAAAGUUUAAUGUCAUAUUUUGGAAGAUUUAUACCUUAGUAGUUGGAAAACAGGUGUUGUUGACCUUGCAGUUACUACUGUCUUUUUUAUUAUACUGAAGUUGUUUCCCAGUUCCUUAUUCAACAAAAUACUGAAUAAAUAGCCAAUAUACUUUACAUCACAUCUCUGUCACUGAGAAACUCCCCUUUGUGACGCAUCAUCAUUCUCUGAGGCAAAAAGUUGUUUUUGUGCAAAGGACAUUAAUGAGCAAUGACCUUGAUCUAUAGUUAUUAGGCUAUCACAAAUGGCAUUAGACCACCCCAAAUGGCACAUCCACACCACCAGGGAAAUGAGUGUUCCCUAUGACAUACCAUAGAGCUGAGUCUGGUCCACUGCUUUUUGUGCAAGGCAGUGUCAACUAUAGCAACUUCACAAGAAACAUUGCAAUUUCACAUGUUAAGUGAAAUGCUUACUUAGUUUGUCCUGGGCAUGUAUGGUCUUACUUGUUCAUUUUCAAAUUAGUCAUCAUAAUUGUCUUCCAUCUCUUCUUCAGAUAGAUGUUCACCAUCCCCUUUCUUGUUCUUGUUACCACAGUUGGGGAGUUCACACAUAGCAAUGUACGUGAGACUAUUUUUCAUGCACACGCAUCUUGGUAGCUCACACAGUUAAAACUCAUUCACUCUUAUUCAGCAGGUGUGGUACCAAUUAAACAUUUUUGAUGGUGUCUCAUGUACUAGUUCAGGUAUUUAAGCUUCAAUUAGUUUUGAGUAUUGCUCAGAGUUCAACACUACAGCUAUCAGGAUUCUGUCAGUUCAGGUAUUUGUUGCAUUAGUCUACUUAGAAGUAAACUUUUCAAUUAAUUGGUUUAAAAAAAAAAUAGAUUGUCCUAUAUAUUCAUGACUCUUGAUCAGCUGUAACAGAUGCAGCCCUCAUUUUAACAUCAAAAAUGUUUUUCCUUAUCCCUCAAAAAUGCUUUAUCAUACUUUUCCUUAUUGAAACAAGGUGUCAAUGAUCUCUUGGUGUGUGGGUUUAGUUCUUUAGAGUAUGUAAAUAAAAUUGCCUAUGCAUACGUGAAGUCUAGAAAGUGACACUCAGGGUUGGUUGGUUGGUUGGUUGGUUUACAUCCCAACCUGCUAUAUUCAAGGUAGGUAACAUAAUUAAGCUUAAUAUGAGAUUUAACAGGGUAAUGUCUUAAUGAGGCUUCAUAGUCACAAAUGUAUUUGCAUCUAUGUAACUGUUCGCUUUGGAUUGCCAGAUUCUGUCAAGUCUUCUGUAGUCUAUUGUUCUGUCUGAUUUUGCUAUUUGUGUUUCUCCCAGAUUAUCUAUUAAAAUAUUCCAUUUUAAAAUGGAAAUAGCCUUUAGUGUUGCGGAAGUGGGCUAAAUAUUAGACCUUACUGUCCCUUCUCAAUUUAAACAGUAAGCCCACAACCUGUGCACAUUCAGCUUUAUGUGUGGGACCAAAGAAAAAAUAAAAUAGAAAGGGGGCACAGUUCCAGGAGAAACUACUUUGGCAGUCCCCCCACCAAUGAACCCAGUGAGGUUUGACGAUACACAAUUUUGGCUUUAGGCACAUGUCCAUAGUCUAGAAGUACUUCUGGAUUCCAAUCUGUCCCUGGAGUUUCAAGAGGCCUCUAUGGCUAGGGUUGCUUUUGCCCUGUUUAGUCUUGUUCACCAGCUUUGGCUGUUCCUCCUGGACUGGAAUAGCAUGGCCAUUAUACUCUAUGCUCCAGUGAUCUUCUGUCUGGACUACUGCCAUUCAUUCUGUGUUGGGCUGCCCUUGAAGACGGUCCAGAAAUUGCAGCUAGUACAGAAUAUGGCUGCAGAUUGGUCAGUGGGCUGCCUGAUGGCACCAUGUGUUCACCAGUCCUGAAAGCACUGUGCUAGCUACCACUGAGCUACUGGGCCCAAUUAAAGGUGUUAGUACUAGUAUACAAAGCCCUAAAUACUGUAGCUUGGGACCCAGGUACCUAAAACAUCACAUUUCCCAGUAUCGGCUCAAGUCUUACAAUCAGCCUUACCUUUUGGUAAGUCCAUAAGAGGACUUCUUGGUAGCAAAUUAUAUUUAUUUUGAUUGGUUGAAAUGGGGUGACGUGCAUAUAAUCCCACGUCCAUGUGUGUUGGCAAUUAUAUAAACUUAUUUUGAAAAGAAAUCACCCUUAACACUUCUCAUGUAGAAUUUUCAGUUAAGCUUUUAAAAUAUAACCAUGCUGCUUUGAACACUAAAGUGAGGAAAAUAAAAAAGAGCAUUUUUACCAGUAGACGUAGAGCUAUAUUUCAGUAAUGCUUAAGCUGUGGUUCUAUAUAGACACUUAUAUGGGAGUAAGUCUCAUUGAGGCCAGUGAGGCAUGUUUUUCAGUACAAAUGUAUAAUAUUGCUCUGUGAGACGUAAGCUUAAAAAUAUAUAGUGGGCUAUCAAGAGAGAGUACCUAGCAGAAAAAAAUAUUUUAGGAUAAUAAAAAAGAUGCUUCAGACUAAGAGUAAUGAUAGUCAUGUUGGCUCCUAGGAAAAAUUCAAAAGUCCAUAUAAGGGCCAACCCAAUAUGUCAUAAAAUGGUCUGCAAGCUUUCAAAUUCCCCACAACUUUUUGUUAGUAUGUUAAGAUGUGACUUCUAUACUUUCUUACUCUCCCCUUGUUUUUUUCUUCUCCCUUUCUGAUUUCAUAUUUUAAAACAAGCUUUCUGCACGUUUAACAAAUGUUUUGUUUAUAGUUGCCAAAAGCAGUUUAGCAUGUUGGAGUAAAAAUGUUGUUCACCUCCUAUUUUUCUUCUUCUGGGCUCUGCAGUUCGGCAGGAACAAGAGUUGCGGAAUGGAGGAGCAAUAGACAAGAAACUCACCACCCUUGCAGAUCUCUUCAGGCCUCCAAUUGAUCUGAUGCAUAAAGGAAGUUUUGAAACGGUAGGUUGCUGAGCUUUGGUAUAGUUUCUCUGUGGUAGCCUGGGCCCUGCUGCAUGUGAGUAUGUGUACAUUUGCAGUCUGAUAAUUCAAUAUGAUGCUUAAAGAAUUCACUUAAGCAUGAUGGCAACGAGUUGUGUUUAUAUAACUUGGACACAGAAGGCAACUGUUAAGCAAUUUGAAUUCAUUUUUGAAAAAGUACCCUUCUGCAGUUGUUCCUCUGCCAUCUUCUAUAUCCUCCCCUCCACCCCUUUUGUUAAGAUGUGCUGUCCAUAAUUGAGCAAUAUGUAUAUUUGUAACUAAUUAGGGGUAUAAGUAGAUGCCUUACACUGAGUUAGGCCCAUUUGUCCAUCUAGCUCACUAUUGCCUACACUGACUAGCAGUAAUUUUUCAGGGUUUCAGACGGGGGACAAUUCCCAGGCCCAUCUGGAGAUGCCAAGGAUUGAACAGUGACCUUCUGCGUGCAAGAUAGAUGCUCUGCCACUGUGCUAUGGCCCUUCCCAAUAGGACUGGAAAUACUCUGGCUCAGUUUGUAGUUCCAUUUGAUGGGAAAAUCCUGUUUCUAUUCAUUGGAAAACUGUGUUGCUCUUUCUCUUUGUCAGGCUUGUCAAAUCCUUCUAUCGGCCACUUGUUUUGAUAUAUUUGGAGUUUUGUCCAAAGUAGAGAAGGCUUUAAGUAUAUAAUGUCAUAAGUUGAAUCCUUGAUAUUUGGGGGGAAAGGUCUCUGUUUGGCUGGGUUAACAAGGAUCUUUGCUUGAAAUCCUGAAGAACUGCUGUGAAUAGGUAGGCAGUAGUGUGCUUGAUUGGUAAAUUAUCUGUCUUGUUUUUAAUUAACUUCUUAUAUCAUUGGGUUUUCAGUGGAAUUUGCUUACAAGUAAGUAUGUUAUACCUGUAGCUAAAGAACAAAGUAGGAUAGCAUUAAAUAAUUGUCAUAAAAAACUUUUUUUAUCACACACCUUACACCCAUUAAAGAGGGCUCACAAAACACCCUUCCUAUUUUAUAUAGCAUUAAUAUGAACUAAACAAAACUGAAUGUUAAUCAAAAAACUUUAGUUGUUCGGUAUGCAGAAUAGGUCAAGGAUGCAUGUCUAAUGUUCAUAUCCUUGGUUGCAAGUAGCAUUACUGUUGCAGCUGCAGAACUUAAACAACUUCUAUAUUUUUAUGUGUAAAUAACAUCAUACUCACUCUUCUAACCCUUCCAUUUCUGCAUAUCAUUGAAACCACUUUCAGAAAUCAUUUUCUACCAAGAUCUGCUGUACUUUUUGCCCCGACUUUGUGCUCCUGAAACAAGGGGUACUGAACAAAUUGUGUAUAAGCUGCUCUUAGGUCGAUAGUGUAGCUGGUUUCAGAGGUUCACAUUCUGUCAUCCUCUUCCAGUUCCUUCUAAUUUGUGGUAGUAUUUCUUACUUUCAGUCAUGACACCUCUUUCUGCCCCGAGUAAAAAUCUGCCUCUAACUUCUGUGUCUUUAAUGGAGUCGUUCCUCAUAAAGCUUCAUAUACCUGCAUCUGAUUAAUUUUCCUUCAGUUUUUGAUCUGGCAUUGCCUUUUAUAUUAAAAUGCUUUGUGUUCUUACUUGCUGUAUAGUUCCUUUAGGCAGAGUCUACUCCCCCCCACACUGGUUACUAUAUAAUAUGAUAGAGAUUUACAAAGUAAGAUUCUAGUGGGUUUCUACUUCCGGGGAGACUCUAAUUCAUAUCAACACAUGUUUUCCAAUCAGUUCUUUCCAUGUUAUGUGCUAGAACCUCAUAGUAUUGCAUUGAAAGCACCUUUAGAAUCUAAACCUUUUAAUGAGUAAAAUCAUUUGAGGCAAAAUAAGAUUGAAAUGUUUUACUGAUUCUAAGCAGUACUGUACUUUUAACAAAUCCCCAUUUGGCCAUGAAGCUCACUGGGUGAUCUUUGUCUGGUCACCAACUCUCUGCUUUCAGGGUUGUUUCGAGGAUAAUAUGUGGAGGAGCCAUAUGUGCCACUUCAACUCUUUGGAGGAGAAGUGGGAUAGGAAUGUAAUAAUAAAUAACGCAUUUUGUUAUUUUGUUUAUGAUAAACAUUAGAAGAAGAAACUUGGCAUGAGAUGCAAUGGUCUCAUAGUUUUCUUGCUUCAUAAGAGGAGCCACAUUUUCACAAGAGUUUCCUCUUUUACAUAACCGGCUCACACAGCUAGACCACUGGCAUGAGUUGGAUUUUCCAUGUAUUGGAAUGGGGAAGAGAGGAAGCAGAUGGAAAUUCCCAGCACUUUAUCACCAUUGAUACCCAGUAUGCAGUUACAUAUGUCUAAACAACUGUGAAUGCAAAGAUAGUCUGGUGCAUGAGUGGUGGUGUCUUGUUGAGCUUGGAGGCCCUAUUUUGUAACACUAAUUACUUUGAGUUGCUUUCCUUCUAUCUUCUUCCAGACCUAGACAGGGUCGGCAGUAUAUCAGUUAAAGCAAAAAGAAACCAGUAUCUUUUAUUGUUUCUCAUGUUCACACAUGAGAAAAUGAGCUUCAAAUCCUUGCUUGGUAGUAAGCUAAAAGGGUAAUUCUGAGCCAAGUCAGUACCUCAGACUAAUCUUUCUCAUAAGAUAGUCGUGAGGCUAUACAGUAUUUGAGAAGAGUUUUAAAGCACUGCAAAGUGACAUAGAAGUGAUUGAUAAGAGUGCAUCUUUUUCUUCAACAACUUGGUAUGUUCUAACUUUCCUUUGCCUUCUCUGUAUAUUUAAGAAUUUAAUCAGCAACCUAUUGACUCAAGCUGGGAUGCAGUCAUUUUUUUCUUGCAUUUAUGCCCAUCUCUCUGAGUUGAGGGGUUUCAUACCCUUAUAAAAUGUAGCUUUAUAUAGAGAGAGAAAACAGGAAAUAUGCUAAGGUUGUAGCAGUGCGGAGCAAAAAAUAGAAAUUCAGUUAUUAAAAUUCAAUUAUUAAAUUCAUUUAUUAAAGUCAAGCAUCCAUGUCCUUUUGUGAAUACUUUGAAAAUUUGCUACAGCCACUUUGCCUAAAUUGGAGCAGAUGUUUUACUUCUAUUAUUGUAGCAUAAACCAUAUAUCAGUCUGCUACAGGUUAUAGAAGCAAGAUACAUUACCCUGAAUUCAUGAAUUGGCAAAUUCACUAGUUAUAUACAAUGUGAGCACUAAGUUUGCACAUUUAAAGAGAUUUUUGAGUUUGCACCAUGUGAAUUUCUAAGAUAUACUAGCUUUGAAAAUUGCUGUGUUAUAACAAUAAAUUAUACAUACAUUUUAAUAGCAGUUGGCAGGAGGAGUCCACACUUCACUGUUUAGGUGUAAGCAGUAAUUCUAAUCCAAGAAUACUAUUUCAGCUUUCAGUCUUAAAUGCCUACUGUCUGCCAACAAAAUCUUAAAAACAUAGGGUUGUAUUCAGUGGUGUUUGUGUGCAAGUGGAACAAAUUCUACUCACACAAAAGGACUUUACUCUCCUCCCUGUAUCUUUCUGAAAUCUGCUCCAGAGACUUGAGGACCCUUCAGACAGAUUGAGGGAAGAAGAGGAAGGGUAAGCCCUGCUGUGUGAGUGGAACUUUGGAUUAUGCCACUUUGGAUUCAGUCAAAUAGUUCGUGUAUCAAAUGAUUUAAAUACUUUUCACAUAAUACAACUAAAAUAUUAUUUAAUACAAACUUAUUUUUUGAGCAUCUAGUACCAAAUGUUCAUUUUAAAAUGUGGUAAUUUUAAAAAUUCCAGACCUUUUUCCUAUGUAACACCCUUUUUCUUUGAUUGGGAGAAAUUUCUUGUUUGUUUGCUGGCAAAGCUAUUGCAAAGCAUAGCUAUGAAGCAUGAUUUGACAGUGGGUCUGCAAUCCACAGUUUAUCCCGUUGAUCACUCAGUAGUCAAUAGAUCAGAUACUUCACUUUUACAAAGUGAAAUCUUAUUUUCCAGAAAGCAAAAUCAUCAGAAAUUGUUUCCUUUUUAUGAAGAAUUCAGUUGGUGCAAACCCAUGAGUAAAAUCUCUUUUAAGGAAGCCCAACCAUUUUCCCCCUAUUUAUUCAGGAAAUAUGAGCAUUCCAAAUUUUGAUAUAGCACUCUUUUUUUCAACAGGUAUGGCAAUUCAGCGAUCAGAAUUACAUUCUUGAUCAAACUCCUACAUUAACUUGCAACCAACCAAUCAGGCAAUGCCAGCUUUGUGACUCAAACCAGUAAGAUCUCUUCCUGCAACUUCAAACCCUACCACCUCCCCCACUUUCAGUCUGAAUUACCAUCAGAAAGUGGCUCUUGGUGCUCCAAUAAUAUAUAUUAAAAAUAGCAUAUACAAACAGAAAACCAGAGGGAAUGAAUAAUGGAACACGGAACUGCUAGUUUAUCAAUAAUGCCAAUCCACCACAAUUUUGGCUCUUGAAUUGACUUGUCUGUCUUGCGGUCAGAUCAAUAUAACUCAUUUCCUGUUCUUCAUUACAUAAUGUUUUAUUCAGGUUCCACUCUUGGGUUUGGAUUUCCAUACCUCAACCCCCCCCCAAUGCUUUCUCCCCAAACUUUCUUAUGCUUGACAUGUUGACAUUCAACAGUUUGGGAUAAUCACUGUGUGAUCUUUAGUAAGACAAGUUGACCUGCAGAAUUCUCUAACCCUGCACACCGCUUGUCAGGCUGGUUUGCAGAUUACCUUUCUGAGUCCUGAUUGAAGCCUGCCACAAUAAGUAGAAGCCAUCAUUGCUGGCAUUGUUUCUUGCUAGACCUUCAUUUUUGGCUAAUGUUCCUACUGUUGUUUCCUGUCUUCAGGCCAAGGAGUGUGGUCAGAUGCAGAACAAGUGGCUCAUGAUUAACAUACAGAAUGUGCAAGAUUUCGCCUGUCAGUGUCUCAACCGUGACGUUUGGAGCAACGAGGCUGUGAAAACCCUUAUCAGAGAGCACUUCAUUUUCUGGCAGGUGGGAAGGCUGCUUUCCUCAGUGACGAAAAGCUUAGUAAAAGAGCCAAUAUCUGGGUUACAUUUAAUUUUUAUUUUAGCUGUGUUGUGGCUCCAAGUUGGGCUAUAUUGUGAAAUUGCUUCUUCAAGCAUUUAAAAGGAAAUCUUGGCUGUUCCAUAGGUGUACCACGACAGUGAGGAAGGACAACGAUACAUACAGUUCUACAAACUAGCAGACUUCCCUUAUGUGUCUAUCCUGGACCCUAGGACAGGUAAGAGGUGAAACACUUGAUUCUAUUGCAGCUAUGGGUAUUUUAUAAAUAAUACCUAAAAACUUUCCUUUAGAAAUUAUUGUAAACUGGGAGCUGAUUGCUUUGUAAUCAAGAUUACUGUGUUUCAAGGUACAUCUCCAUUUAGCUCAAAUAAGGGAGGGAUUUUGCUUUCUCAUCUUUUUCAUGAUCUUCCCAGAGGCAUCUGACUGCUUUUCGAAUGCAUGACCAGAGUAUGAUCUAGCUGGGUCAGUGUUCACUGUUGCUUUGCCCAUGUUACUUUUAAGUCCAUUAGGUGCAGUUGGCUAUUUGAUAUCUGGGGUUAAGAGAAAGAUUAGCAUUUAUUACUUUCCAACCACUGGAAUUGAUCCUGCUGUUCCCUUUGCAGAAUCAUUUUGCAAGUAUGUUAGGAGUCCUCUUAAAAUAACACAUAUGGGUUAAAAUCUCCAGCAUAUUGCAGUGCAAAUGUAAAUUCUGUAAAGCCAGUGUUUCUAUUUUGUUUCAUUCUGUCUGCUACUGUUUCAUUCUGUCUGAUAUUUUGAAACUCCAAUUAUUGAAGUAUUGUUUAUUACUAUUUUAAAUAGGACAGAAGCUAGUUGAGUGGCACCAGCUAGAUGUAACUUCUUUUUUGGACCAAGUGACUGGGUUCCUAGGUGAGCAUGGACAACUGGAUGGACAUUCCACUAGCCCUCCCCAGAAGCGUUCUCGUUCUGUGAGUAUAAUAAUUAUAAUCGUUGUUGAGACCCUCCAACUCUCCCAUUUUUACUGGGACAUCCCAGAAUUAUGGAAGCAGCCCUGGCUUAUCAAUCAAUCAAUCAGUUUAUUACAGUCAUAGACCAGCAGUCAGAGAACAGAAUAUUAAGUGGAUAAAAACAACAACAACAACAACAACAACAAAAACUGAUAAUUAAAACAGAUAAAAGCUAAAAACAAAUAAAAACAUUCAGUUAAAACAACUGUAAGAGCGUAAGAACUAAAAGACUCACAGUUAAAACAACUGUAAGAGGCUGCAGAGUAGAAGCCUCUGAAAUAGAGGACACUCGCAGUAUUAGAAACUGAUGUGCAAAUAUGGUUAAAACAGAAAAUUAAAACAAUGUACAACAAUAAAUUUAGACACACUGUUCAACAAUAAACUAUCCCAGGGAGUUGACUCAGAGUCACCCAUGGAACCGGGUUUGGGGAUUUUCAUGCCGGACUAUUUUGAGUUGGGCGAUGGUCUGCGUCUACAGAUUUGCGCACAGAAUCUGGCGACCAUCCAGGUCUUCUUCUGGUCUUUGCCUAACAGCAAAAGGUCAAAUUUUUGCUUUUGCGGGAGGUCGGCGAGCCUCACCAGUAGGGGAUCAGUGAACUUACUGCGUGCCUCUUCGUAAAAGGGACAUUUAAAGAACAAGUGUUCUGGGCUUCCUAUCUCUCCCAAUGGACAGGUGCAAAGUCUCUGGGCAUAGGGGACUUUUCUAAAGGCUCCAUCCAGGACCGGCGAGGGAAGAGCCACGCUUCUGGCAAGUGUAAAGGCCCUUCUUGCAAUUCUAGAUACGUGAAAGGAGAGAUAUGCUGCCGGUGUGGCUAUGCAUCUCUCGAUUUCUCCAAUUUUAUAGUCGGGGCACCUUGCGCAGUCCUGUUGUCUCUCGGCAUCUAAUAUUCUUUGCCUGACCGUGGCUUUUGCCUGGCCCAAGCCCAGACUUAGAAGGGCUUGAGGGGCAAAACCCAGUUUCUGGAGGGUGUUCAGAACUGCAGUCUGCAGCUCUGGCUUAUGAUUCCAUCCCGGGAUGUCCCCAGAUUUCAGCCAAUAGCACAGAAAAAGAGCACAGAACCAAAAGACAGACACACACAUGAGGAGGACCGAAGCUUCCUGAAGUAUAGUGCCACUUCUGGAAGUACAUCACUGCGGUCCUCCUCAUGCGUGUGUGGCCAGCAGUGGCACACAGAUGAGGGGCAGUGCGUGGUGGAGUGCAGUGGCAGGCACUCAUACACACAAGCCAGUAAGAUGGCAUGCAAAUGAACAGCGGUGGGAUGGUGCGGGAGGGUGGUUAGGUGGGCAAGCAGCGGCAGCAGGUAAGGGGUGCAACCAGGCAAGUGCCUGCAGGGUGAUGGGUGAGUGUGCACGCGGUGGAAGUCCCAAUUUCUUCUUGGGAAAUGUUUGAUAUCCUAAUGGGAUUUGCUGAUGGAGGACAGGUCAUAAUAUUGAUGAUGAUGAUGAUAAUGACAUGCUCCACAUUAACAUCCAAAAAAAGGUAAUACCUUGCUUUGUAAGCAAAAGUAUUCAUAGAAAGGAGGAAUAAUUUUCUGUUGUCUCUGUCCUACUUCUCAGUGUAAUAUAAUGUUUCCCUUUUUGCUUUAUGGUCAUAUUAACUAGGAGAGUCUCAUUGAUGCGAGUGAAGAUAGCCAGUUGGAAGCUGCCAUCAGAGCAUCUUUACAGGAGACACAUUUUGACUCUGACCAAGUCAAGCAGGAAAGCAGAUCAGAUGAAGAGUCUGAAUCGGAGCUUUUCUCUGGAAGUGAGGAAUUUAUUUCUGUUUGUGGUUCUGAUGAUGAUGAGCCAGAGAAUCCUGCCAAGUCUAGGAAAUCUCCACAUAAGGAUUUGGGCUGUAGGAAAGAGGAAGGCAGAAGGCCCCAACCUGAGCCCACAGCAAGGACUGAACCAGAGGUGGUAACAAACCACCGAGGACUAUCUUGCAUGGAUUCUGGGGUAGUAGAGGAGAUUGGGGCUAAGCCAGAAGCAGCAGUGAAGGAACUUAAUGUGAACGGUAAGUGUGGUGGUUAAAUGUUUCCUGUCAUUAAAAAAGUUUAUGUUAAAUAUUCAGUCUGCUAAAUCCAUUAUGGGGCUUUUAUUCUGGUGGUGAAGGAAUAGUUAUUAAAAUAUGAAUCUGCUUUAUAAUGAGUGAGACCAUUGGUCCAUAUUGCCCAGUACUGUCUACUCUGGCUGGCAGUGGCUCUUGAGUUUCAGCCAAAGGCCUUUCCCAACCCUGCUAAAUGUAUCUUCACUGGGGAUUGAACCUGGGACCUUCUCCAUGCAAAGUAUGUAGCUUACCAGUAAGCUAUGAGCCCUCACGUGAACUCAAAACUUUUUGAAACGUGUACAUUUUCAUAUUGAUAUGUACUAAAUUAUCAGCACACAGAUUGCUAAAGCUUGUUCAUGUAUUCUGUUUUAUUUGUGAUUUUCUUCUAUUAGGACCAAAGGCACAGCUAAUGCUAAGGUAUCCAGAUGGGAAGAGGGAACAAAUUUCACUGCCCGAACAAGCUAAGCUUCUGGUAAGUAGAAGUGAUUGAAGAAUCACUGCUUUUUUGGUCUUAAUGUCCUUUCCAGUCUCUGUGUGCAUUUCAGACACGCUUUUGUUUACCUGGUUUUCCCCCACUUACGCUUCUUAUAGUACAACAUAUGCUUUCCCCUUUCAUGUGUGACUUCUAACCACCUCUUAACAGCCUAGUCUUCUGUCAGGUCUCUAUCCAAGACUGGAUCCCAAAUUCUUGUCUAGGGUUUUCUACUGUCCAAAUGUCCUGCUCCAGACAAAUUGGGCUGUUUGUUGAGGAAGUUUAAUGGUCCUUCAUACUACCUUUUGCUAACUUAGGCAUUCACAACACAGUAUAUGCCGUGAUAACAGCAAUGCCAUCAGAGUGUAGGUUAAAGACCUACAGUAGCGAUUGCUGCCCUUUUGCUGAAGUAGCUUUCCAUAAUAAGUUGUCAUACAUUGCAUUGAAAACUGCGGUAUCCAGCAAAGUAGUGCAAUAUUUCCAUUUGCGUGGUGAAACUUCCUGUGCCUCUCAUCUCCCUACAUCCUCCCCAAAUCUUCUCUGGGGGGUUGGGGGAGAGUUCUAGGGUUGGGAAACCCCAGAACAGAUUUAGGAGGGAGGGUAAGUUGUGUUGCACAGCCAGAAGUCCUUGUGCUAAAAGAACUGUAUUGGAUACCACCCUGUUGUAUUUUGGUGCUGCAAUAUUAAGACACUGGUCUCUGCUUUCUCUCCAGGCUCUCAUCAAACAUGUACAGUCGAAAGGAUACCCCAAUGAACGUUUUGAACUCCUCACCAACUUUCCUCGAAGGAAACUUUCCCAUCUGGACUAUGACAUCACAUUACAGGAGGCUGGUCUUUGUCCUCAAGAGACUGUCUUUGUGCAGGAAAGGAAUUAGUACUCCCAGCCUUGCCCACCCAUGUUAUCUUUGCCUACAAUAUUAACUCACCAGUGUGCAGUUGGCUCCAUGGGAUUACAGAGCUGAAAUCAGGCAGCAGUUUGCUGGCUUCUCUUUUCUCUCCCUCCUUUCAUGCUACUCUUAGCAAAUGAACCAUAUGGAAACAACAGGAUAGUUUUGCUUGGAUUUGAUGCUGGAGGAAGGCAUGUUUGCUAUAUCAAAAUCAGAAGUGCUGUCUGUAUAUCAAGCAUGCUGGGGGCACUGAACAGCCAGAAUAAGAAAAGUUUCUCAUUCCCCUCAGAAAAAAAGAAAUCUAUUUUCUUUAAUAUAUUUUAUUUUUCAACCGGUCACAUGACCAAAUAUUGUGGGUUUCUUUAGAGAAACAUUUCAGCAUGUGCUAGCUGCAUUGAGAAAGCUUUUAGUCCCCACUGCCAUGUGCAGGAUUAGGUUUUCAGCAUGCAAUGACAAACAAGUUUUUUUCCCCUGGGGUACCAACAUAUGCUGAAAGCCGAAUAUUUCAUGCGGUGGCAAGUGCACACAACUGACUUGCCACAGGUUGGCAUGCACACAGGCUUUCAACGCAGUUAGCACAUGCCCAGAUGCUUAUGUCAAAAGUCUUGCCCACAUGUGGAGAAAAAAAUGGAAACAGCUGAAGAUCCAUUCAUCAUUGUAGCCCUUUGGGAGUCAUCACAAGCACAGUUCCCAGAAAGGCGCAAAAUGAACCACCUUAGAACAUAUGUUUGAGUUUAUUUGUAUGUGUUCCUUUUGUUGCAGAUGGGAUGAGUUGCUUUAAAAAAAGGUGAUGUAGUCAGUAGGUCUAGUAUAAUCUAACCGUUGUGCUCCUAACCAUCUGUGCUUGGUCUAUAGCUUCAGGGCUUCUUCUUUCCUUGUCACAAUUAAAACUGGGGGAAUGCGGGAUUGAUUCUCAUCUUCUGUCAGGAUUUUACCAUCAGUGGAAUAUAGCAAGGUACUGACCAUGAAUGUAAAACUUAUUAAACCUCUUCUGUCAUAACUCAAAAGCUGUUUUCAUUAACUGUACCUUUCAGGAAUUCUGUCAACACUGGGCUUCAGUGUAUUUGUACAGGUACUCGGCUCUAAGGAAAGCCUUUCUCUUGUGCUCUUCUGUUAAUUUAAAAACGCUUAGUUAAAUUAAGAUGCUAACAACAUAAAAUAAGAUAGUUUGAAGCAGUAAUAUUGGUGUUCUUGAAGCUCAAGUUGUUCAGACAGCUACUUGCCACUAUUUGUUGUAAUUGUCCAUUUAAUUACGGUAGGUAUGGUGUGGCUUUCUCGGCUUGGUAAAACUUGCUGUAAUUGAACCCCAGUUAAAAAGAUGGUUAUAAUGUUGCCACACACUUGAUAAGGUCCCACAAGGAUCAUUCUUGCAGAUUAAAAUGCUUAUACUACAUUGUACAGUGGAAAAAAUUAACCCCUUGCUUCUCUAAGGUGUUGGUGGAUAUUUGACCACAAAGGCCAUAAUUAAAGAACCACACUGUUGGCAGUGUGUAAAUUCACAAAUAAAGUACGUUAAGGGAGUCAUACUUGAGUGCUGGUUAAGAAAUUUAGCUUUUGACAAACUCCCGAAACUUCUUUUAAAAAAAACACCAGUGCCAGCAUACAUUUGAUUUGCAUAGUUGAUGAUCUUAGCAAAGGAUGAAAGGCAACAUUACCUGUUAAAACUAAAAGUGUAAAGUCAAAUAAUUGCCUGGUUAGUUACUAGUUUGUAAAACUGAGACACACACACUCACCCUAUAUAUUUGUAAGGUGCAUGUUACUCUGAGGAGAAGAUGCUGUUUGCACUCUACUGCUUUGCUUAGAUCGCAAAGUGCAACUAUUGAAAGAGAACUGAAUCCAUUGGGUGUCAUACUCAUAAUAGGUCCAAUGGGUUGUGUCCAAUGUUAAAGUAGAUCCAUUGACAGUAAUAGACAUGACUAACUUAGGUUCAUUAAUUUCAGUGAUUCUACUCUGAGUAUGACUUGGAUAAAAUUCUGCCAAGUUGUAAUAGUAUUACUUUCUCCUCACACACACCCCCCCCGUCCCAUAGUCCAAACCAACUUAUUUAUUCCCCAACUAAACUUUUUAGGCAUUGGUUAGUGCAAGCCUUUCACUGCUCAAUGACCAUAACUGUUGCAUUCAUUCUAAGUACACCAAGCAUAAGGAGCCUUAGGUGCAUUUCCCACUCUCUUUUCACCUGCAGUAGGUUGGCCCUUUCCUCAGAAGAUUUAAUUUAAAGGUGGCUUUGCUUUAGCAGAAGUGCUUCCACUUGUGGAAGUUGGGGCACCUGAUUUUCACUGAUGACCCCUACCCUUCUAAGUCUCCCCAGAUGCUGCUUAUGGGGUUGGGGAACCCUCCAGAACAGAAUGGGGCCUGCAGUAUGUAAAGGGAUUGAUGAAAACUGGGUAGCCAGACUUGAGCUUGCAGAAGCACUGUCUGCUAAGCCAUUGGUUACAAUCCACUGCUUUUAGAUGGCUUUUACAAAAUGCUUUGAAAUGGGUUAGGUAAGCGUCCUUUUGGUUUUAGUCAUUGUUAGUCAUUAAGAUAGGCAUCUUUUGGCAGUUUACUUCUUAUGCAGCAUCUUUCAAAGUACACAAGUGACUUGCAUGGUUUCUGAAUGAUCAAUCCUACUGAAUGGAUUGUAAGAUCUAGGGAGUAGACAAUUUGUGCAAACUCUCGCUGUGCUUAUUCCACAUAUCAAGCUCUAAAGAGAGACUGAGAAUGGGGCAUGGGGGUGGAGAGAUUGAGUUUCUGAGGCACUAUUUAGGCAACUUAUUGGUGGUUUAAAAUGCCUUUUCUAAGUACUAGGUAUUUCAGAUGAAUUGGUUUUUAAUCUUUCCUAUGUUUUACUGUAUCCUUAAAGCAGUUCAGCAUCUUAACAGGCAUGUGAUACAGAAUUGUUCUAAGAUAUGCAAUGUAUUGGGGUGAGAAGGUCUUGACACCUGUAAAAAGUGCCUUGAGAGCAGAAAAGCAGCAUAUAAAUAAAAAGGCGUACCAAUUUGAAACUUUAAACUGUGCUGUUCUUAAUAGUGUGCUCUUACAGGCCUUGUAUUUCAGCAUGUACUUUUCAAGAAGAUAUUUGGACUCAAAUUGUUUAAGAUGUGCUGUGCAUUUGAACCUAGUUUUUGAUUACCUCCAGGUGCCUGCAGAUUUAUUAACAAGAUAAUCCUCACUGUGUUAGCCUGAAUAGCUUUUCCAAUGUUUCAAUGUUAGCAAGACUGUGCUUUAGUUCAUUUCAGGGCCCUAGGUUCAUAUUCAGUUCCUUUGGUGGAUUUGCUUUGCUAUGGAAGCUUAUGAUGAAGAAGCAUAUGUGUACGUAGGAGGCUUUUGAUACCCUUUUUUCUCCACACGCCCCCCCCCCCCACUGCAACACUAUCAAAUCAUUCCUGAAACCUGGAUUUUAGAGAGAGGUCUUUGAUGCAACACAGGUAAACAAGGAUUAUGAAGCUAGUUUUUAGUGGCAAGCAUAGCACCUGGAAAUGUUCCAAAAUGUAUAUAGAUGUACCGCGUUAACACUAAUAAUGCUACAGGAAUAAUACUGAAAGGCAAAUUCCAAAAAGAAUUCUGAAAUUAAAAAUAGAAUGCCAGGUUAUAGGGUGGGGGGGGGUUAAGGUGUUAAAUUACAAACUAUUUAAGCUGGGAGCAUAUGGUUUGGAUACUGUUAAAAUCAAACCCUUCAAGACAUUUGGUUGACUUUUUAAUGUUGGGUUGCGAUCUUAAAACUUUAUAGCUUAAGCUAUGUAAAACUGAUCUGCUACAUUUUCAAUAGAAGCCGUUUCCUUUGUAAUUAUGAGAAUUCUAAGAUGGGUGGGGAGAAGAGAAGAUUUCAGCUUGCUGUGAUGGGAAGGACCAAACUCAAGGCAACCUCUGAUAUACAUAUAUAUAAAUAUAUAUAUACAAUUGCUGCAUUUUUAUAAAUAUGUGUAAAUGCCCUUCCUACUGUAAUAUUUUGAUCCUGGAAAUAAAGCAGACCUUUUCACUAAUUCUUAGCCUGUUGAUUUUUAGAAGGGAAUAAGUUCUCCUGGGAUACAAAAGGAAAAAUGUGUUUUCUGUGAAGGCAAAAUUUCAGAGACAAGGACCUAACAGUGUGUGUCUGCCUGCUGACUUUCUAGUAAAUAAAUGUGUGAUGUGAUCAUGUGACAUAACUGUUUCCCCAUUACUUGCAAGUGGCAGGCAAUGAUUUGAGCAGGGAUGGGGAAAAUAGUGAACAUUACAGGGGUUACAGUUUAAGUGGCAGCCACGCAUAUAGUUAAACUCUUAGGUUAUUGUCUCUGAACUAAAUUUUAAAAAUAGUGG